CUGGGUUUGCGCCUCACUGUCACUCUUUUAGAGGCGACUGACAGACACGGUCCCAAACGAGUGUUAGCUGCGCAACUGCCCGCAUUUUGUUGAGUUUGUUGCUUGCUCGGAAAACAAACGCUCCAGCAGGAGACCCGUCGAUCAGUACCAACAGGAUUUCCGGCAAAAAGUGCCGCAUCACCGAAGGCAAGCGACCGAGGUUACCUCUGCGAAAAAGGGGACAUCUGGAGCAGCGAUUGUCGAAAAAGGUCUUAGCAGUUUUGCUUCCUGCGGACGUAGAGGCCACUGCGACUACCGCGGAACGGACAGCACUAGAGCAACGCGUCUCGCAGAAGCCCCAGAGAGAACAAAUGGCGGCGGACAGCACCAAGGCCGGUCAGGAGGAGGUGAAGCAGGCGGCCUCCCAGCAGUCGACUCUCCUGCAUGCUUCCAACGGAGCAGAGGAGCAAGACACUUUCGACGAACCCGACGACGAACUAGAAGAAUUCGACGAGAUUGGCGGAGGUGACGGCGUUGUUGACACCGAGGUCGCCCAGUGGGACGAGGAUUGGGACGCUGCAGGCUGGGAUGACGAAGAUGUGAACGACGACUUCUGCAAGCGACUCCAGCAGGAACUCGAGGCUUUCAAACAGAGACACCCGAACGCGGCCAAGACACAGCCCCAAGCGAAGACCGCUGCAGCCUAAGGAGGCGAGUUGCACACAGUCUUAAGGCUCUUUUCUUGUCGAGUGCCUGCUUUUGGCAAGGGCAGUUUUUUGUGAUUCACGGUGAUGUCCCCGUUUUUUCCCUAGUCUCAUGCGCGGGAAACCGGGACGCCCCCUCUUUCUGUAUUCCAGAGUGGUUUGUUUUUUUCAAAAGGCCGCAAUUUCCGCCCCUUUGUUUCUCGUGCGUCGUUUCAUCUCGACUGGUGUGGAUGUCUGCUGUUUUCCACGCUCUUCUUCCCUAACUUCUGCGGUACGUCGUCGCUCGCCCCGUUGCUGAGGCUCUCAUGAGUCCCUCUCGGACAAUCCUUUCUUCGUUUCAACCGCCCGAUGUUUUCGUCUUCAUUGUGCCAUCUGUAUCUCGGUCGUUUGAGGAAGCCCUGUGUGUCGCCGUCUUCUGUCUAUCGCUCUUGCUGUAUACGCAUCAACCUCGAGAAUGUCUCCUUUCUCACGGGUUUGGGGCCUCUGCUCUCCGUGACUUGGUAAGUCCCAACGCUUCUCUUUUCGCACAUUUUUCGCUCCUCUCACGCGUAGCAUCUUUGCGUCUGCGUCCUUGGUUUCAGCUGCGACUUUGCAUCAUCCUAAGUCCUCGUCCCUGCUUGUAUGCGACAAAAGAAA